CAGUUUUUUUUUUUUUUAAUCUCUCUCUCUCUCUCUGGGACUUGUCUAACCUGCCAUCACUAAUUACUCGGAAGUGUCAGAAAUGGGCGAGACGAACACUGCACGACUUUGUCUUCUGACCCGAGCCUGAUUUCCCCCCUUUCUCAGCACAUUACUGCUGUGUUCAGUGAGUUGUUAUGAUGUCUGUCCGCAGCUUGCCGCUGCUGUGUCUCUGUUUUUGGAGCUCGGAGUCACUUUACCGAGUCCCUCUGAAGAUGUUUAGCGGAAAGUUGGACUCGUCGGUGCUGCUCAGCGCCUUAAAGAGAAACCAGAGCGCAUCUGGAGACGGCCUGUCUCUCGCAUCGGAUCUUGCGGGAAAUGUCAACUUCUUAAGCAUGGUGGAUAAUUUAGAAGGGGACGCUGGUCGGGGUUAUUACUUGCAGAUGGUGAUCGGGACGCCAGGUCAGACGUUGAAUAUCCUGGUGGACACUGGAAGCAGUAACUUUGCUGUAGCUGCUGCGACACAUCCCUACGUCUCAACAUACUUCAACAGAGCACUCUCCAGUACAUAUAAACCAAGUGGCAAGUCCGUGUCAGUCAGAUACACUCAAGGUGACUGGCAGGGAGAGCUGGGCUCAGACUUCAUCUCGAUCCCUCAAGGCCCCAACGGCACCAUUGUGAUCAACAUCGCUGCUAUCUUAACCUCAGACGGCUUCUUCCUCCCUGGCAUCAACUGGCAGGGCAUUUUGGGACUGGCAUACCCUCUACUAGCUCGGCCCGACCCAUCUGUGGAGCCCUUUUUUGACUCGCUCGUGAAGCAGACAGGCAUCCCAGAUGUUUUCUCUCUCCAGAUGUGCGGCGCAGGAAUCUCCGCCAGCACUGCCACCAACCCAGCAGAUGGGAGUUUGAUCAUGGGAGGACUCGAACCAACACUGUACCGCGGCUCAAUGUGGUAUACGCCCAUCAUACAAGAGUGGUACUACCAAGUGGAGGUCUUGAAACUGGAAGUUGGAGGCAAGAAUCUACACCUGGACUGCAGGGAGUAUAAUUCAGAUAAAGCCAUUGUGGACAGCGGGACAACGUUACUGCGUCUUCCUGUGAAAGUGUUUGAUGCUGUCGUGGAGGCCAUCACACAAAUGUCAAUGAUCCAGGACUUCUCCUCCGGUUUCUUCUCUGGGACCAAGUUGGCUUGCUGGAUGAAAGGAGAGUCACCGUGGGGAUUCUUCCCGAAAAUCUCAAUCUACCUCAGAGCAACCAACACUAGCCAGUCAUUUCGUCUCACAAUUCUCCCACAGCUCUACAUCCAACUGGUCGCGGACAUGGACGGCACACUGAACUGCUUCCGAUUCGGCAUCUCCUCCUCCACGAACGGCCUGGUGAUCGGCGCAACAGUCAUGGAAGGCUUCUAUGUGGCUUUCGACCGCGCCCACAAGCGGGUCGGUUUCGCCGUGAGCGCUUGCGCCGAAGGUAACGGCAUUCCCGUGGCAGAGAUAAGUGGACCGUUCCUGGCUGACGGUGUGGCGUCGGGCUGUACAGACGGCCUUCGACUGCAGGAACCUUUAAUGUGGGUUGUGGCCUACACCCUGAUGGCACUGUGUGCCCUGGUACUACUCAUCCUCCUGGCUCUGAUCGUCGUGCCGUGCCGCUGUCGUCGGCGGGAUGGAGAAAUCACAGAUGAGUCCUCGCUAGUACGCAAUCGCAUCAAAUGAUGCUGGGCCUAAAAACUCAGCCCGAAAAAUAGGACCGGUCAGGCUGCGGGCUGGGGCCGAGAGUGGAGGACACUCUUCUGACUGAAAUCAUGGUCGACUGUUUAGCAUUAGAAGAUUAAAUUGUUUAUUAGAAGACUCCUAAGAGCACAGACCUUGCUCUGAAGCGAAUACAACUACUGAAGGUAGCAUGGGUUUGGGGUUCUUUCCACCAAAGAGGUGUUUUCUUCUUCUUAUUAUUAUUUAUCAAACAUUAAUGUAAAAGAUCAGAAUUUUCCACUAAUAUGUUCCCAUUGAUUGUUGAUUAGGAGUGUACGUGAGUUAUCAAUUGAAUGAAACCGAGGUGGUUGUAGCGUUACUACCUCACACCUCCAGGGUCAUCGGUUCGAUCAUGAGCUCGACUUACUGUCUGCGUGGAGUUUUCAUUUCUCCCCAAGUCUGUAUUGGUUUCCUUCCAUCUCCCAGAAAAAAAAAACAUGCCGGUGAGUGGAUUAGAGACUCUAAUUGUACCAAGAAGUGAAUAAGUGCAUGUAUGGAGUCCUGCGAUGGACAUGGCAUCCUAUACAUCCAGGGUGUGUUCCCGGGAUCAGCUCCGGACCCACCGUGACCCCGCCCAGGAUGUGAAAGCGCUUACUGAAGAUUAACGAAUGAAACACAGGACGUCACAACGAAGGAAGUGGUGUGUGAACGUUGUAUUCUUAAAUGUUUAAAUUUCAUGCAGGAAAUCAGUUCAUGUCAGUUUUAAUCAAUGAUUAUUAAAUAAUAAUUAAUAUAUUUUUAGUGGACUGUAGGUAAAACUCAAAAUAUUUCAACAAAAAAUAUUUUUGUGAUUAUAAAUCACAAAAUCCAAAAAUCAGUACAUACUUUAUCAGAAAUGACAGCCGGUUGCAUCAGCGCAGAGGUAAAAUGAAAUAAAUACAAGAUGAACUGAUGCCAAAGAAGCCGACAUGAAGGCUUCGUUACUAUUUAAAUGCACUAGAAGGACACUUCAUUGUUAAUACGUUAAUGAUUAUGCUACUGAGAUAGUAAAUUAAAUAUGAAUGGCACACUUUUUUUUAUUAGCUGGUGUACAAUAGCACAUGGAGAAGAGCUCAAAAUGAAAGGUUAUGAAAAAAUCGCUUUUUUUUUAUUCUAUGAGUACUUGAUUGUUUGUGAUUGUAUUAGAAGCUGUGCAAAUAUUAUAUGCAAACACUGUACAGUGCAAAAUGAGAGGAAUUCAAAUAGAAUCUUUAUGAAUUUUUAUUCUACUCAAAAUUCUAAUUAAAUAAAAGGUUGUAUAUACA